AUGGGCAUGUUCCAAGAGGUUGCACGCCUCAUACCUGUUUUAUUGCCUAAUGCAGCUGUAGGUCUUUUGAAGAGCAAUAGGAUGCAUGCAAUCGUCGGCCUUGAGACAUCAGUAGAAGACGAGUUAUUUUCUAUGCUGACAAAGAAAGCCAAAAUUCCUAUAUUUUCUUUUGCUCCAACAGUUGCCUCUUCUACCGAAUAUCCUUACAUAGUUAAAAUUCGAUCGGAUGAGACAUCAAAGUUCGAAGGCAUUGCUUCUAUUGUCAAAUCACUUGAGUGGAAGGAUGUUGUUCUUAUUUAUGAAGAGGAUAUUGAAAAUGAGAGAAAAACUAUACUCCAUUUGCGGGAAUCAUUUGAAGGAAAAAAUAUUCACAUUUCUUAUAGAAGUGUCAUUUCUUCGUCCUUCAGAGAUUUUCAAAUCCUUAAAGAGUUGCAUAAGCUUAUGACCUUUGAAACAAAAAUAUAUAUAGUGCACAUGACCCUGCGUCUCGUAUCUCGCUUUCUUGUACAUGCAAAGAGAUUGGGAAUGAUGAAAGAGGAAUAUGCUUGGAUCGUUACAGAUAAAGCCAUGAAUUAUGUGCAUUCCAUGGACUUCGAAGUCAUUGAAUCAUUGCAAGGGGCCUUAGGUUUCAAGCCGAGUAUUGCAUCAUCAAGCAAGCUGCACAACAUCACAUCAAGAUGGAGAAAGGAAUAUCAUUCUGGGGACUCCAAUAUGGUAUCCAAAGAGUUACCUGUAGUCGGCAUAUGGGCAUAUGAUACAAUGCAAGCGCUAGCAGAAGCUGUUGAGAGGGUAAGCAUUGAAAUUUUAAAUGUUGAUGAUCAUGAAGCAGGAAUUGGGUCCAUAGAAUGGCCCAAAAAUCUUGUAAAUUCUCAUGGCGGCAUGUUACUUCUGCAUGAGGUUUCUCAAGUUAGAUUUGAGGGUUUAAGUGGUGAAUUUCAGUUAUUGAAUGGGAAAUUAUACCCUGAGGAAUUCAAUUUGGUGAAUAUUUUACAAGGCUUUGAAGAACAAAUGGUGGGAAUAUGGAGGCCUAAAGAAGGAAUCUUGAAUAACAUGUACUCAUCAGUUUGCAGUAUGACUCCUAGAAAUUCCAAGGCUAUUAUGUGGCCUAGGGGGUGUAAACUUACUCCCAGAGGUCGUUUAUUGCAAUCUAUGAGCCCCAAAAAGCUUAGAAUUGGGGUAGCAGUGAGAUGUAGUUUUAAAGAGUUGGUAGACGUUCGUUAUGAUCCUCAACCCAACGCACCAACCUUCUCUGGCUUCUGCAUUGAUGUCUUCAAAUCUGCCAUUGAGGACUUAACUUAUGAAGUACCUUAUGAGUUCGUCCCACUUUUGAAUGGAAGUUACAAUGACUUUGUCCGCCAGGUUUAUCUUAAGAAUAUCGAUGGCCUGGUGGGAGACGUAACAAUCUUAGCCAAUAGAUCUUUGUAUGUGGACUUUACAGUAUCUUUCACCGAUUUGGGAGUGGGAACACUAACGCUAACCAAUGAGGACAUUUGGAGCUUUUUGAGGCCUCUUGAUACUAAAUUGUGGCUAGUGUGUGGUGCAUUCUUUCUCCUAACAGGCUUUGUAGUUUGGGCCAUCGAACGGUCUAACAACAAUGAUGAAUUCAGACAAGGUUCAGUAGCUUUUCAGGUUGGCACAAUCUUCUGGUUUGGCUUUUCUACCCUGGUUUUUGCUCAUAGUGAAAAAUUAACGACUAAUUUGUCAAGAAGUGUAGUGCUUGUAUGGGUUUUCGCGGUGCUCAUCUUGACUUCGAGCUAUACUGCUACACUAAGUUCUCUCCUGACGGUGCAACAAUUUCAGAUGGGAUCGACGGGGGAGUUCUUGGGAGUACAGGGUGGCUCCUUUGUAGGUGAACUUGUAGCUAACAAUUUAAAUUUCCAAGAUCAACGCCUUAAGCGCUACGAUACACCUGAAGAAUAUGCUGAGGCUUUGUCAAGAGGACACAAGGAUGGUGGCGUGGAUGCUAUCAUUGAUGAAGUCCCAUAUAUCAAGAUCGUCUUAUCAAAGUACUCUCGCGAUUAUUCUGUGAUUGCAUCUUCAUCUACCACCAAUGGUUUUGGCUUUGUAUUCCCCAAAGGUUCUCCACUGGUUCCUGAUAUAUCAAAAGCAAUUAUAAAGCUAAGGGAAGAAGGGAAACUAUUAAAGAUGGAGAGGACAUGGUUCAAGACUCAAUCAUCCUUGUUACCCAAAGAUGCUGUGACUAAUACCAACAAAUUGAAUUUUGAUCAGUUCGGCGGUUUAUUUCUUGUCCUUGGGAUUUGUUUAGCUACAGUAAUUGCCAUAUACAUCACUCAACUAUUGCUGGAAAGGUUCCAACGCCCAAGUCUUUAUAUCACUCUUGUGAAUAGAGGGGUUCUAGCCUUCGUACUAAGGCAAUUUUUCCAGACAAAUGCACUAUAUUCUAGAUAG